AUGACUGACCACAAUCUUUUCUGCAUCAUCACCCACAUGAUUAGCAUUGCCUUCGAUGAUGAGGCUUAUGAUGCGCCAAAGCAUUUCUCCCUAAGACAUCUAUUUGCGCUCAAAGCGAAGAAAAAGCCCAGUCAAAUUGUGCCCUGGAAACAAGAAAUGCUCGACAUUCCUGUCUUCCGCAGGGCUAUCAAGACACCACAAGGUGUAGAAACCUCUAAAGAUGUGGCUCUCUCAUAUCAGCAGUAUCAUGGUUGGCUCGUACUUCUCGGAAUUGCCUUAGGCUUCAUCUAUACCUUGACGACGUAUUGUCUACGAAGAGCAUUAGGCAAUGCCAUUAAUAAUGAUCCCAACUCGAACGCGGCGGUGCGAAACCUGGUCCUCGAUCAUGGCACUGGAUCUAAGAUCUUUGAACGAAACUAUAUCUCGCGGACGAUUCGUUACUUUACCCAAGACCAAUUCUGGGGAAGAAGCUCUGAUCAUGAGUCUGCAAGGACUGCGAGACAGCAGGUGCGACAGGACCCUGAAGUCCGAGAGUUAGCGGAUAUCCGGAGUCGGUUGUGCGCUCAGAUCGAGGAAGCAUUCGGUGUGAUCGAAAUGGCGAAGGGGGAACCAAUCUAUAAUGACUACCAAGCCGUGAAGGCGUCCCUUGCCGCUACUAUCCGAAAGAAGGAGCGCGCGUUGCUGAAGCGAAUUCAGGAGGAGUACGACUUGAAUGCCCCCGUGUUGGCUAUUCAGCAGCAAUUGAAUGGGGAACAAUCUGACGAUGACAACGAUGACGAUAAAGGAGGUAUUCCCACUGAAACCGUCCCCAUUCGGAUCGCUAAAAGACGCUACAUCGCGGAAUGUGCGGUGCGGGAUCCAUCUGUACUUCACGAUCAGAAACGCUAUGCCUUCCAUGUCGAGUUCUCCGUCGCUCUGAUUGCAUUAUGUAAACGGAGGGAUCGCCGCCCGGUCAAGACCAGGUGCUUCCCGGAGCCAGUUUCCGUCAAAACUGUUUUGGAUCCACCACGGCUGUCCGAGAUAGAACCCAUCGUCAAGCGUGACACUCCUCUGAAGUGCCAAGGCUGGCAGUGUCUUUUCUGUCUAGCCAGUUACGACCUUCCUUUGGAGGAGCGAAAACGCAAGUACAAAAGAAAAUAUACGCUCCAGAAACACGUCGAUCGAUGUCGUCUCCAAUAUUACGGUCCGGACGAUCCCAUCCCUUGCCCUGAUGGUCAUGCGUGCCCUGGACUUAUUCUGAACGGGAAGGACGAGCUGAAAGCGCACGGUAUACAUGUGCAGGACUGCAUUUUGUAG